UUAUUAAAAAAAUAUAUUAUCCUUUUAAGCAUUUUUUCUCUCUAUAUUUUUGCUCCACUCUCAAUCUUCCACUGAUCUCUGCAUAAUGGAGACCUCAACUAGGGUUUGAUCAUUCACACCUCUUCCAAAAUUCAGCGAAUUGAGACAUUAAAGUUUCAAAAUUGAUGAUAAAUAAGAGCUUGAUCAUAUAGCUACAGAUUUGGACUACUCUAGAUUGGUGUUGCAGCAACAACAAGUUGUUCAAAUCAGUUGAGAGAUUGAUUGAGAAGGGAAAGAUUUUAGAUCAGGAUUUAGGUUUGGAGAUAUUGCAAUAUGGAGGACGAGAGCGGGAUUGAGCUCAGUUUGGGUUUAUCUUGUGGUGGUUCAUCAACCAAACCCAAGAGUAAGAAUGGAAGCUCCUCGGAUACUAGGGCAGAAGAAGCCGGUAGAGGUGGCAAGAUGGUGGAUGAUUUCAAAAGCAUGUUUAAUACUGAUCCUCAGAAGCCAGAAUCAAUUGCUGGUACUCGAAGGAGCGAUUCCUCGAAACCUGAAGAGAACUUCUUUAGUGACCUUUCAAAGGUCAAAGAAGAUAAUGCUUCUUUGAAUUUAAACGGGAGAGGAUAUCUGGUUGCAAACAACAAUAACAACAAUAAACCUAUUGAAAUUGAGGAAAAUAAACGGUUAGAGGUAGUAAAUAAGCGAAGAAUGUCUUUUGAUGACAUACGUAAUCAAAAGAAGCACGACAGCGAUGUUCAUCAUGUUGAUAUGCAUGACAGGGCAAGAACAUCUCAUAUUUCUUUAACAGAAGAUGGCUCAACUGCAGAAAAUGAAGAUGUUGCUGAUUCUGAAGCUGAUAACUCUACCUCGAGGCCUCUCUCACACCAUAGUGAUGGUUCCAAAGGAUUCAUCAGAGUCGGUGGUGCUUCUUCUGAUGCUCCCAAAGAGGUACGCGGAGUCGCUGACUCAAGCGCCAACGGGCAGAAGAGAUAUACUCCAUCCACCGAAAAAGAUUUUAAACAUGCAAACAUGAAUUAUAGUGGUGCUUCCUUCUCUGCUCAACAAGUAAAUAUGAUGAUGGGUGUACCUUACUCUACAGUAAAAGAGUCCAACUUGGUUGGUGGACCGAACCCUCAAAUGCCUGGAGUGAUGCACGUGAUGCCUACUUCCACCGGUGAACGUGCGGGAGCUCAAUCUGUGAGUAAUGGAAGCUUGCCAAUGAUGUUUGGAUAUUCUUCUGUUCAGCUUCCCAUGUUGGAUAAGGAUAGCUCAUGGGGAUUGGCUUCUCGUCCACAACAGUUACAUCCUUCCUUUGCUGGGAGAGGUCCAACUAACUCAGCUUCAGCUGCGUUACACCUAAACAAUAUAUCCGAGGCCAUGCCAUAUGAAGGAAGGCCACUAGAACGAACCAAAGGUGACGGAAAACAGCGUGCCGCUGAAGAAAGCUCAUUCUCACAACCUGAAGAUAUGAAAGGAAGCAGCACAAACCUCAGGGCCAAAGAUGUAUCCGAACAUUCGAAAGGAGAAGGUUCGACCAUUGACUUUUCAAAUAUUAAGCCGGGACUCGCUGCAGAUGUGAAAUUUGGAGGAUGCGGUUCAUACCCAAAUCUACCUUGGGUAUCCACCACAGGCUCAAAUGGAAGAACAAUAUCAGGUGUUACUUACAGGUACAGCACUAACCAAAUCAGAAUUGUUUGUGCAUGUCAUGGCUCUCACAUGACCCCCGAGGAUUUCGUUCGCCAUGCAAACGACGAUCAAGCCAAUUCAGAUGGCAAUGCAGUUUUGGGAACCGUAGCAAACGGAAAUCCAGGUGCCUCUUCUCACAGUUAGAUUACUCCCAUAAAUGUUGUACUCUACUAUAUUAUAAUUCUCAACAAGAGAAUCUUGGAAUUCAGUCAUUAAUUUUUAUGUAGAUGAAUGAGUUUCUUGCCAUUUUUCUUCCUAUUUGGCUAUAUCACAUUAAUUAUUACUCAUAGCAGCUGCAAUCAAGACUGUAGUUGUAUGUAAUAAUGUUCAAGCUUUAUAGCAUCAUCUAUUCUGUUAAAUAGUAAUUAAGCUUGUGAUUUUGUCCUAGCUA